AUGCCAAUCCUGGGAGCGGACUUCCUAACUCAUUAUGCAUUGUCAGUAGAACUUGCUUCCCGGACACUAACCGACACAAAUACGAAUAUAAAACGUUGUGGUUUUACCUCGAAACAUUCAACGAUUGGACUGACGAAUAUUAUACCUACAGCUAAUGGCUACGAUGAAAUAAUACGUCAGUACCAGACACUGUUAACACCGUCGUCACGAAAUGAACCCGUUAGACAUCAUGCUAAGCACAGCAUUAAAACAACUGGUUCCCCAGUUUAUUCACAACCACGUAGACUUCAUCCCGCCAAAUUGAAGAUCGCAAGAGAUGAGUUCGACAACAUGCUCAAGCUAGGAAUUAUACGUCCUUCAAAAAGUCCUUAUGCCAGCCCUCUACAUAUGGUCACGAAAGCGGAUUCGACCAGUUGGCGUCCAUGCGGAGAUUACAGGUUACUGAAUGCCCAAACCAUUCCGGACAAAUACCCUAUUCCGCACAUAAAAGAUUUUGCGCUGUCAUUAGAAGGUGCUACAGUCUUCACUAAGCUAGACCUCAAAAAGGCUUACUACCAGAUACCAAUUGAGGAAGACGACAUACAAAAGACUGCGAUCACCACUCCAUUCGGACUAUUUGAAUUCACAAGAAUGCCAUUUGGUUUACGAAACGCCGCGCAGACAUUCCAAAGGUUAAUAGACGAGGUAUUACGUGUCAAUUUCUUCAGAUACUUUUCUCUUCUUUCUUCCACAAAUCUCUUUUCUCUUCCUUUUUUCUUCAAAUACAUUUCUUUUACUUCUUCAGAAAUUCUUUUUCUCUUUCUUAGGAGCUGA